AGUUAAGUGUGAUUUCCUGGUAAUGGAUCCGCUGGGAGCACAAAGUAUUAGAAAUGCAGACAUCUGCGAAUAACCGCGUUCGGAUCCCACCGGUUCCUUAUUCUUUAGAUGCAAGGACGUACACGGGAACUCCGCAGAAGCGCCACGAACCUCCCGCUCAGACGUGAGGCCACACCCCAACUUGAAGCCACGCCCCACGUCGCCCUGGGCGCGCAGAUUAUACGUAGCCCGGCGCUACCCCUGUGCCUGCCGGGAUUGUGGCGGUCGGUCUCUCGAGUCGGAAGCCGGAGCUGUCCCGGGACUCCCGAUAUGGCGACUUCUCUGGGUUCCAACACCUACAACAGGCAGAACUGGGAGGACGCGGACUUCCCCAUUCUGUGUCAGACGUGUCUUGGAGAAAACCCUUAUAUACGAAUGACCAAAGAAAAAUAUGGAAAAGAAUGCAAAAUCUGUGCCAGGCCAUUCACAGUGUUUCGCUGGUGCCCUGGGGUCCGCAUGCGCUUCAAGAAGACUGAAGUGUGCCAAACCUGCAGUAAAUUGAAGAAUGUUUGUCAGACCUGCCUGUUAGACCUAGAAUAUGGCCUACCCAUCCAGGUUCGUGAUGCAGGAUUAUCAUUUAAAGAUGACAUGCCUAAGUCAGAUGUCAAUAAAGAAUAUUACACCCAAAAUAUGGAAAGAGAAAUUUCUAACUCUGAUGGAACACGACCAGUUGGGAUGCUAGGAAAAGCUACAUCCACCAGUGACAUGCUCCUCAAGUUGGCCCGGACCACACCCUACUACAAAAGGAAUCGGCCCCACAUUUGUUCCUUCUGGGUGAAAGGAGAGUGUAAGAGAGGAGAGGAGUGUCCAUACAGACAUGAGAAGCCUACCGACCCAGACGACCCUCUUGCUGAUCAGAAUAUCAAAGACCGGUACUAUGGAAUCAACGACCCCGUGGCUGACAAGCUUCUAAAGCGGGCCUCGACCAUGCCCCGCCUGGACCCACCGGAGGAUAAGACCAUCACCACCCUGUAUGUCGGCGGUCUGGGAGACACCAUCACUGAAACAGAUCUCAGAAAUCAUUUCUACCAGUUUGGAGAGAUCCGCACCAUCACUGUUGUGCAGAGGCAGCAGUGUGCCUUCAUCCAGUUCGCCACCAGGCAGGCUGCCGAGGUAGCCGCCGAGAAGUCCUUUAACAAGCUGAUCGUGAAUGGCCGGAGACUCAAUGUCAAGUGGGGAAGAUCCCAAGCAGCCAGAGGAAAAGAAAAAGAGAAGGAUGGAACCACAGACUCUGGGAUCAAGCUAGAACCUGUGCCAGGACUGCCUGGAGCUCUGCCUCCACCUCCUGCAGCAGAAGAGGAGGCGUCUGCCAACUACUUCAACCUGCCCCCAAGUGGUCCUCCAGCAGUGGUGAACAUUGCCCUGCCCCCACCCCCUGGGAUCGCCCCACCGCCACCCCCAGGUUUUGGACCACACAUGUUCCACCCCAUGGGACCGCCCCCUCCUUUCAUGAGGGCUCCAGGACCAAUCCACUACCCUUCUCAGGACCCUCAGAGAAUGGGUGCUCAUGCAGGAAAACACAGCAGCCCCUAGCACAACAUCAUCACUCAGGGGCUCUGAGGAAGAAAGGGCGCUCUAAAGUCCCAGUAAAUGAAUCCUGGGAUAAGUAUCAUUUCCCUUGCUUUGUAGUUUCCAUGGUAGCUGAAUGUGUUCAGAUGUGGGCAGAAAGCACAGCUAUGCUUCCCCACAUGUCUUCAGAGGAUCGGCGGGCCUAAAACAAGCUGUCAUGAACAUAGCUGCUUACCACUAUAGCAGUACUAAGAGCCUUAUGUCUGAUCCCUUCCCACCCUGUGGGGAACACGCACAUGGGUGAACUGGAGUAACCAAUGAAGUCCCCUCAGUGUGUUCAUUUUGUAUCUUUUUGGGUGGGAGGCAAAAGUUGACCUGCGGUUUAAAAAAAAUAUUUUGACCAUUUUUAUGUCUAUUUGGUAUUUUCUUUUAUAUCAUCUAAAAAAAAUUUAGUACUAAUCAUUGUAGUGGCAUAAAGUGAUUUAACUAAUUUGAAGUCAUACCCUCAGAGAGGGUACCUAAUAUGACAUGCUUUUAAGGAACUUCCUGUGAAACACUUUGACAAACUGAAAAGAAGAGCCUUAGAGUCCAUUUGACUGGGAGACUGUCUGCCUGCCUGCAGCGGGGACUGGAUCGUCCGCAUCACCUGUGUCCCCAGCAGCUCACUCGCUGCCUCUGGGCAGGAGACUGUUCAGUCUUAGAAAGUUUGGAUUUAACUGAAUUGUAGAUGGUAAGGGAAAUUUGAUGUUGUAUUGUAUUUUUUGUUUUUAAUUAAAACGGGUCAAUUUUCCAAA